UAGUGUUGGUUUACAUUUCCGCAUUGGCGGUUUAACUCAGAGACGCUCCGUUUAAUCAGGAGAGAGGCUGAUAGUGAGAUUAAACAUUUAAGUUCAGGUGUUUAAGUUUACCUGCAGUCAUUAAAGUGAGCUGGUGGUAAAGAGGGAUGUCCGGUAUUAGAAAUCUGUUCCGGCGAGCUUGGUCCUCUGCUGAGAGGCUGGAUGGAAAAACUGCGGUCAUCACUGGUGCUAACACUGGGAUUGGCAAAGAGACAGCCAUAGACCUGGCAAAGAGAGGGGCUAGGAUCAUCAUGGCAUGUCGGGACCCAGAGAGAGGACAGGCCGCUGUGCAGGAAGUCAUCGAGAAGUCAGAGAACCAAAAUGUCGUCUACAUGAAACUUGACUUGGCUGAUAGCAAGUCGAUCAGAGAGUUCGCUGAAGCUGUCAAUAAAGAUGAGCCAAGACUGAACCUCCUCAUCAACAACGCUGGUGUGAUGGUUUGUCCUUACGGGAAGACGGCAGAUGGAUUUGAGAUGCAGAUCGGUGUCAAUCACAUGGGUCACUUCCUGUUGACAUAUCUGUUGCUUGACUUGAUCAAAAAAUCUGCACCAGCCAGGAUUAUCAACGUUUCCUCCAUGGCUCACCGAUGGGGCACCAUUAACCUCGACGACAUCAACAGCGAGAAGAGAUACGACAAGCAAGCAGCGUACUCUCAGAGCAAGCUGGCCAACGUCCUGUUCACCCGCUCACUGGCAAAGAGACUAGAAGGCACUGAUGUCACGACUUACUCCCUCCACCCUGGAGUUGUCCAGACAGAUUUAUGGCGCCACCUUAAUGGCCCACAGCAGGUUCUCAUGAAGAUAGCCAGUCCAUUCACUAAAAACUCAUCACAGGGAGCUCAGACAUCAAUUUACUGCGCAGUGGAGCCAUCGCUGGAUAAGGAGAGCGGUGGAUACUACAGCGAUUGUGCUCCUGCCAACUGCUCAGCGGCCGGCAAAGACGACGUCCUGGCACAGAAGUUGUGGGAGCUGAGCUGCCAGAUGCUGUCGCUAACGUGGGAAUAAGGAAUAAAAAAAUCACUCUACAACCUGUUGGAUAUCUUUACUGACUAAUGCAGUCAAUCUUGUUUGUUAGGAGAUAAUGUGAAUUUUUUACAAGUAUCAUAUGAACCAAUUACAUGUAUGUAAGCUUGAUUUACUGAUCAGAAUCUAGUCUACUUUCCUGUUUGUCUAAAAGCUUUAUGUUGGAUUUGGAUGUUCAGAGAAGAGUUUGUUAACUCAGAUAAAAUAUGGUCUCUAAUGAGUUAGACUACAAUGAUAUCUGUGUGGUAAAUGUCUAGAAUGUAUUUCUGUACCUGUAUUUUCUGACUAAAGAACCUAUUUUUACACUCCA